CGGUAAUGAUUCAAAUGGCGGGUUAUACCAUUUAGUCCCCACCAAGUGGCACACGCAUGGCGCGAGUCUUGUGCCUCGCCACCGGUGCGUUUUCGCAUUGUUUGGUUAGGUCUAGUAGUCCGUGCACCCAUAGAAUAAAUGUAGUUAACACCUAGGAAAGCAGUGGUUGAACUGAAACAAAAGCGCAACGCUUACGUUUGUUGCCAUAGCGACGAAACAAACAAAAAACAAAAUGGUUCGCACUGUCGUUUCAACGAUAAAAACAACUGGUGGUAAGAAGACCGCUGGAAAAAUUAGUACCAGUUCAACUACUCAUUCUUCAAGCAGAUCAAUCGGGGGUAAUAAAUUGGUGCAGAGACCCAUCCCAGAGUGGCAGAAACCAAUUGGAAGUUUUUUUAAGAAACCAGAAGUGAUGGGAAAUACAAAUACGAAUUUAGCGGAUGAAUACAACUGGGAAGGAUUAAGUCAUCCGAAAACUUUUGAAAUAGUAAAGAAUACUGUAACAAAUGCAACUUCCUCCACUGCUGUAAGUAGUUCUGAUGAUGGUGUGAUGGAAGUAGAACCACCUGAGCCAUUCGAAUGGACGGAAGCCAUGGAAACGGACAAGGAAAAUCAACAACCUAUGUCAGUUGCAAAUGAUGAGAUUAAUGUGGGAGCAUCCACUUCCGAAUCGGCUCGAACCACUCCAAUUGCAAAGAGGAAGUGGAUUCCGCCGCUGAACGCCGUGCCAAAGAGACGUAAGACUGAAUGCAACUUCCAGUGCCUGGAGAACUUCGAGAAAGAAUUCUCUGACCGGAAAGGCGCCUAAAAGGUCGUAAAGUUGAUUGUGUUAUUAAAUUUAAUUGUCCAAAGUAGUAUUACUAUAAAAUCACAUUCUUGCAACAAAUAUUUUUACUUGCAUUUAAAUGCUAUGCUAUUUUAAGUCAUUAACUAUUACGAAUAAAAUACUUAAGUAAUUGCGUAUAGAAAGUUUGCUCAGUUUUUCCACGACAUUCAAUGGCAAACAAAAAGAUUAUUUUGUGUUUUCUCUGUGUUGUCGCAAUUUGUUCCUCAAAAUGGAACAAUCAAGAACGUAAUAUCUACGAUAGGCCUACAAAUGAGGAUGAAUAUCCUCACAUUUGCCAAAGACCAUGCCAAAACUCUGAGCCAAUGGUCUGUGAGUAUCUUUUCCAGGUUGAAUGGUAUUACACCAUGAGCAAGGCAUGUUAUAAUUGUCCAAUGGACAAAGAAGAUUGCUACCGGCCCGAUUGUGUGAUUGGGACAGGAGUGGGCAGACCUAUUGUAACAGUAAAUCGGACAAUACCUGGACCAUUAAUUGAUGUGUGUCUUGGUGAUAAACUACUGAUAACUGUUAAGAAUAAAAUGUUAGGUGAGACUACAUCAAUCCACUGGCAUGGGGUUCACCAAUAUGGCACACCAUACAUGGAUGGUGUACCAUUUUUAACCCAGUGUCCCAUUCAUAGUGGUACUGCUUUCCUCUACAAUUUCACAGCUUUAUCACCUGGGACUUUCUUCUACCAUUCACACACUGGUAUUCAAAGAGGUAAUGGUCUCUUUGGAUCCCUGAUAAUCAGAGAUCCCAAAGAUCCAUACACCAGGAAUUACACACAUGAUCUUCCAAUGCAUGUAAUUAACCUCAGGGAUUGGUACAAUGAUAUUCAGGAGGACAUGUACCUGCACUAUGUGCAUGCAGGCGCACAUGAUUACCCAUCGUUGAUAUUAGUAAAUGGCAUCGGUUUCAAUAAUUUCACAAACAUUACGAAUGACGCGACGAUUGCGAGGUUUAAUGUGGUGAAAAAUAACCGAUAUCGUUUUCGUGUUAUAAACGGCGCAUUUCGCGAUUGUCCAGUGGAAGUCAGCAUCGACAAUCAUGUUUUGGAGGUUAUCAGUAGUGAUGGAUAUGAGAUCGCGCCGGUUGUAGUUGAUACCCUCACGACAUUUUCCGGUGAACGCUAUGAUUUCAUUCUAACAACCAACAAGAAACGUCGCAACUACUGGAUACGUUUCCGCGGAUUAAUCAACUGCGCGCAUCAUCAAGCCUUUCAGCUAGGUGUCCUCCACUACAAAGGCAGCCCUAAAGAUCAACUCCCAAAAGGACCUUUACCAACUUAUGAAAAUUCCACGCCUCGUAAACAAAUUCUGAACCCGUUUAACAUCGGAGAAGAAACACGCGGACCUAUCAUCGCCUCCGAAAUGCGAUCGUUGAGUCCAAUUGAACCAGAACUCCUCCAAGAGCCUGAUUACAAAUUUUACCUGGACAUGGACCUGAACAAUGUGUCCAACCCAGCGUAUAACUUGUAUCCCUCGUAUGGUUUUCACCAAGUCGCCAAAAACAUGAGGACUACCACGCCGCAAAUCAACAAUAUCGCUUUUGAGUUCCCCGAGAGACCGCUAAUCACUGAUCCAGACCAGGAAACAUGCAAUGCGACUACAAUGCAAGGAAAAAACUGUAGUGUGGACUUUUGUCACUGUACGCAUGUGAUUCAACUAGAACUAAAUAAAUCAGUUGAAUUGGUCCUGAUUGAUAACGGAUGGACCACAGACGCUGGACAUCCGUUUCAUUUACACGGAAUGUCUUUCAGGGUGUUAACCUUACGGAAACUAGGAACAUGGACAACCAAACAAACCGUCAUUGAUCUUGAUAACCAGGGAUUGAUAAAAAGAAAUUUUGAUCAUCCGCCGAUUAAGGAUACGAUUAUUGUGCCGGAUGGUGGAUACGUCGUAGUGAGGUUCAUCGCCAACAACCCAGGUAAAAAACGCAUCCGUGGUAUAAAAAACUAUUUACUAUAACACUAAAAAUCAAAAUGGCGAUUCGCAGGCUACUGGCUCUUCCAUUGCCAUAUUGAUUAUCACACGGAAAUGGGCAUGGCGCUGGUGUUUAAAGUCGGAGAAGAUGGCGACAUACCUGUUCCGGAGGGUUUCCCCAAGUGUGGGUCCUACCCGUGACGAGUAUUGCUUACAUCUUGCUAGAUAA